UUUUAAAUUGUCGCUGGUUACUAUUUUUGUUCUUAAACUUAGCCCGCUUUUCCGUUGUUCCUCACUGAGAAGACCAGAGCCCUCCUGUUCAAAUGGAGUUCCGAAACUCAUCUGCUUUUGGUAACCUUUCCGCCAUUUUUAUAUGCAUUUUGCAUUGUUGAUGUUUUUUAUUCUUCCCUCUCUCGCCCUUCCAUGUUCCCCAUCUAUAUUUGAUCCCGGAGAGGUGACGGUGCUGUGUAACACCAAAUCUGCCUUUAGGGUUAGGGUUUGAAUGCGGUGAAAUGUUGAACAAGAUCAUUAAGCGCGGUCAUCGAAAAAUAACUCAAUUGGAGGGAAGUGAAGCUGCCGUGUAUGGGCAUGAAGCGUCUGCUGUGGCGAAUGUAACUGUUAACCAUGCAUCUCGAACCACUGUUGUCGCCUCUGCUGGUGCUGGCGUGAACGCGCAGCAACAAGCUGUGUCUUUGGCUGCCUUCCUCACCUCAGGACCCAUCGAAGUCCUUCCCUUGUUAAGGGAUGUGCCCCUUCUCGACCGUUCCAAUCUGUUUCUCCGCAAGAUUCAGAUUUGUUGUUUGCUCUUUGAUUUUUCUGAUACUUUGAAAUUGGUUCGUGAAAAGGAAAUUAAGCGGCAAACCCUUUUGGAGCUUGUUGAUUUUGUGCAAUCGGGGUCAUGCACAAUCAGUGAGCCUAUGCAACAAGAAUUAAUUUGGAUGGUAUCCAUAAAUAUUUUCCGGGGCUUGCCUCCAGCUUCCCAUGAAAAUACUGGCGCUGAGGCUGUGGACCUGGAAGAGGAUGACUCAUACAUGGAGCCAUCGUGGCCCCAUUUGCAAAUUGUGUACGAACUUCUCCUGAGAUAUGUUGUGUCAUCCCAUACAGACACCAAGGUUGCAAAGCGGUAUGUUGAUCAUUCAUUUGUGUUGAAAUUGCUUGAUUUGUUUGAUUCAGAGGACCCCCGUGAGCGCGAUUAUUUGAAAAAUAUACUUCACCGUAUAUAUGGGAAGUUUAUGGUCCAUCGCCCUUUUGUAAGGAAGGCUAUUAGUAACAUUUUCUAUCGGUUUAUAUUUGAAACGGAGAGGCAUAGUGGGAUUGGUGAAUUGUUGGAGAUUCUAGCGAGUAUAAUAAAUGGUUUUGCUCUGCCAAUGAAAGAAGAACAUAAGUUAUUCCUUGUUCGUGCACUUAUUCCACUUCAUAAGCCUAAGACGAUCUCCCCAUACCAUCAGCAGCUCUCGUACUGCAUUAUUCAGUUUGUUGAAAAAGAUUACAAGUUGGCUGAUACUGUCAUCAGGGGUUUAUUGAAGUACUGGCCAGUCACAAAUUGCCAGAAAGAGCUUCUUUUUCUUGGAGAAUUAGAAGAAGUUCUGGAGGGAACUCAGUCUGCAGAAUUUCAGCACUGCAUGGUCCCUCUUUUCAGACAGAUUGGACGUUGCCUCAAUAGCUCACAUUUCCAGGUUGCAGAAAGAGCCCUUUUCCUCUGGAACAACGAGCACAUAUUGAGCUUGAUUGCGCAGAACCGGAAUGUGAUUUUCCCCAUCAUUUUUGAAGCAUUGGAGAGGAACAUAAAGGGUCACUGGAGCCAGGCAGUCCAUGGACUGACUGUGGAAGUCCAAAAGAUGUUCCUGGAGAUGGAUGCUGAACUGUUUGAAGCAUGCCAGAGGCAACAUUCCGAGAAAGAAGCAAGGGCCAAAGAGUUGGAAGAGCGGCGGGAGUUGGCCUGGAAGAGAUUGGAAGCAGUUGCUGCUCAGGCUGGAGGAGGGGAUAUGGUGAUGGCUAACUAAUUUAGAGAGAGAGAGAGAGAGAGAGAGAGAGAGAGAGAGAGAGAUUUCUUUUUUCUUUGUUUUUGUUUUUGUUUUUUGAUAGCUAUUUUUUUUUUUUUUCUUGUCUUUCUAGAAAGUGAUGUUCAUGUGAAGAGAGGCAGUGAGUGAUGUAAGUUUCAAAUUUUGGUUUAAAAAAAUAAUAAUGCUGUUUACUUUGGCAGUGAAAAAGUAGGCAGCAAGUGUGAUCCAAAAGCAAAGGUUGAUGUUGGUGCACUCAAUAUAUAGAUGUCUUGUAGCUGUUGGAACUAUUAUUAAUGCAGGUUUUGAAGGAUUUCUUA